AUGGCCACCGAGGACCCGCGCAAAUCGAAGGAACGCCGGCGGAAAGGUUCGACAGACAGCGAUGUCAGAUCGAUAGCUGAGAGCGAAGUAUCAAAUGCCAACACCAUCGAAGAAACUCCCACGAAACCGGCACCAUGGCGCUCGUUACUCGCCUUCUCGACCAAGCGCAACCUCCCGAUCUUCAUCUCGGGCAUCAUCGUCUCGGUUCUAGCAGGUGCUGCCGGACCAGCGCAAACUCUCAUCGUCGGCGAGCUGUUUGACGGCUUCACUUUGCUCGCCAGCGGACAAGCUACUACCGACGAGUUCAUGAAGCGCGAGUCGAAAUACAUUGUCUAUGUGACAGCAAUCGCAGCCGCGAGCUGGUUGUUGCAUUCCCUCGAAUUUAUGCUCUGGCUUGCUUUUGGAGAACUACAAGCGGCAUGUGCUCGCGACCGUUUGUUCCAUGGUCUGAUGGCUAAAGAGACGGAGUGGUAUGAUAUGCGGAAGAAUGGAAUUGGUGCCCAGUUGCCUCGGAUGCAGGCGCAGAUUCGCGAGUUGCAGCUUGCCUCUGCUCAGCCGUUAGGAUCACUUUUUGCGCUGGCGUCGACGGGUAUCUUGUCUUUGGUGCAGGCUUUUGUCAAGUCGCCGAAGCUCACAAUGGUUACACUCGCUUCGACGCCUGUCAUUCUUGGACUUGCGGUCCUGGCUGGCAAGCCGAUGCAGGUCAACCUUAUCAAGAUGCAGGACAAGCUCACUGAAGCUCAGAAGUAUACGACCAGUGCUUUCACUGCUAUCGAGACAGUCAAGUGUUUCAAUGGACAAGAGAUCGAAGCGGCGAAGUACAAAGGCAUUAUUGAUCAGGCAGCCAUCUUCUACGCCUGGGUUGCGCAUGGCAGUGCGCUGCAGAUGGCACUGGUUGUCAUGCUUUCUGUUUCCAUGUUUGUCCAAGGAUUCUACUACGGAGGUGUGCUGAUUGCCAAAGGCGAGAUCACGUCUGGCGAUGUGGUCACCACUUUCUUCUCAGCUGUGGGCGCCUUCCAAGCCAUUCAGGGUAUCUUGCCUCAAAUGAUCGUUCUGGAGAAAGGCCGGGCAGCGGGUUCCACAUUGCGCGCCAUCAUUGCACAAAUCGAAACGAAGUCAAAAUCGGACGCUGCACUAGAGACUGUGAAGCCCACGGCAUGUGUUGGCAAUAUCGAGGUUAAGAAUCUCACAUUUGCAUAUCCUUCUCGACCAGAUGUGCCAGCCGUACAAGACAUUACAUUGUACAUACAAGGCGGCGACGUUUCGUUCUUGAUUGGCAGAAGUGGAUCAGGCAAGAGUACAAUCAGCCAGCUGCUCAUGCGCUUUUACAAUGCGCCACCGGGCACCAUCAUCGUCGAUGGCGUUCCACUGGAGAGGCUCGACACCCAAUGGCUUCGCUCGAAUGUGACACUUGUUGAGCAGACAAGUAUGCUUUUCAACGAUACUGUGUUCCGCAACAUUGCAUUUGGACGAAAAGAUCACGAAGAUGUGACGAAGGCAGAAGUAAUGGAGGCAGUACAGUUCGCACUCCUGCAGUUGAUGAUAUCGGACAUGCCAGAUGGGCUCGAAACCACGGUAGGAACGAAGGGAGGCGCCAUGUCUGGAGGCCAGCGUCAACGUAUGGCAUUGGCCAGAGCAAGACUCAGAGACACUCCUAUUCUCAUCCUGGACGAGUCAACCAGUGCUCUUGAUCACAUCACCAGGACUCUUGUCAUGGAAGCACUUCGGAACUGGCGCAAAGGCAAGACCACGAUUAUCAUUACGCAUGACAUAACACAGAUCUUGUCGGACGAUUAUGUUUACAUGCUAGAAGCUGGCAAAGUCGUGCAAGAGGGCUAUCGCAGACAACUGGAGACUACAGAGGGCACUCCUUUCCAAGCGUUCCUCGCGGAAGACGAAGUCAAUGCUGUCCACUCACCACUAGACAUCAAGGAUCUCGACUUCAAUGAGCGCGACUCCUGGACUUCAGACAUCUCAUCGGAAUACUCACCUCGACCAUUGCCUCAAAACACGGCCACUUACUUUGAUCCACUUGAUGCCGAGCUUACAGCCACUGAGAAGAAGCGACAGUCCAAGCUGCCAAACGUGUUCCAGGAAGGUAGUCCCAUGCCGAUCAUGAGGGCCCCCAACCAGCAUGGUGUUAACUCGCCAUUCGCCUCACCGUUUAUGCGCGUGACCUCAAACUUCUCGCCUGUGGACAUGGUAAACAUCACCUGGAAUCGCGCCUCACCAAUGGAACCCGCGAAAGAUCCCGCCCAAAGCGAAGAUUCUGGAGACAAGAGAGCAUCACUGGCGUGGGAGAAGUUUCUCGAUCAGACUGGAAAGCUCGCAGUAGACUUGAGACGAGCACGACCUGGUGUGACGAGAAAACGUCGCCCACUUGAAGACAUCGAGGAAAUUCCAUUUACAGGCCCUGAUGAAGCCCUUGCUGCUCUGCAGGGGCAAAGUGCUGCGCAACAAGAAGCUGCAAACAAUACUUACAAGGUCAUUUUUGGUACAGUAUGGCCUGGCAUCGAUGCGAAGGGAAGACUUUGGUUGAUCAUCGGCUUCUGGGGCGCAACGGUACAUGCUGUCGGGACACCAGUAUUCUCCUGGAUCUUGUCCAAAUUGCUUGCUACAUACGCAGUACCUGGUGGACAGAAGUCGAAACAGCUGGCGUACUCGAUGGCAAUUCUCGGCGUUGCUGUCAUCGAUGCUGUUCACACAUAUGCUUACCGGUUCCUGCUGGAAGUGGUUGGCGAAUGGUGGGUAGAUGGCAUCCGCAACAAAGCCUAUGAACGCAUUCUCGAUCAAGAUAGAGAAUUCUUUGCAAAGAAAGAGAACAGCAUUCCGAUUUUGGCGGAGAGUCUGGACCGCAACGCAGAGGAAAUGCGGAAUCUGGUCGCUCGUUUCGCUGCUCUUGCAUACGUCGCUCUGAUCAUGACGACCGUUUCGAUCACCUGGGCUCUGAUCUCACAGUGGAAGGUCACGCUCAUUGCGCUGACACUCGCGCCAUAUAUCUUUGGCGUCACGAAAAUGUUCGCAAGAGUAGCAGAGACUUGGGAAAGUCGGAGUAACGAUGCCUCAGACAAAGCUUCAGCGAUCUUUACAGAAACGUUCACCAGUAUCAAGACGGUACGCGCUCUGACUCUGGAGGACCACUUUCUCGAGAAGUACACCGAUGCCACUAAUCAGGCUCUCGUCGUUGGUUUCAAGCGGUCUUUCUACGCCGGCUUCUUCUUUGGACUUUCCGACUCAGCAGGAAACUUCGCAACAGCCCUCAUCUUCUACGUAGGCGCCAAAAUCGCAACCGAAGGCGCCGACAUCAACGACAUCAUUACCGUCUUCGCCAUGUUGAUCUUCUGCAUCGUCAACGUCAGUGCCAUCCUCGAAUAUAUUCCCCAAAUGGCCUCCUCCAAAGACACAGCCGCACGACUCCUUCGCUUCGCGAAAUUGCCCAAAGACUCCCACGAACAUCUCGGCAACACUCGCAUUACCACAGUCGGCGACAUCGUCCUCGACAAUCUCAAAUUCAGCUACCCUUCCCGGCCCGAUCAAACGAUCCUUAAAAACAUCAACCUUCGCCUCCAACCGGGCACAACAACCGCCAUCGUUGGCGGCUCCGGCUCCGGAAAAUCCACAAUCGCAAACCUCCUGCUCGACCUCUACAGCACUUCCUCCCUCCCAGGAAGCAAGCCCACAGACCUCACCUUUGGCUCCCGCUCAAUUCAACACAUCUCCACCCCUUCCCUCCGCAACAUGAUCGUCCCCGUAUCCCAAACCCCAACCCUCUUCGCCGCAACCGUAGCCCAAAACAUCGCCUACGGUCUCCCCGAAGGGCAUCCCCAGAACAACGAACAAUCCAUAACCUCCGCAGCAACCAAAGCCGGAAUCCACGAAUUUAUCCUCUCCCUUCCGCAAGCCUACUCUACCCCCAUCGGUGAAGGCGGACUAGGCCUCUCAGGAGGCCAAGCACAACGUAUCGCGAUAGCUCGAGCUCUAAUCCGCAACCCAUCAGUCCUUAUCUUAGACGAAGCGACCUCAGCUCUGGACAUCGAAACCGCAAAUCUCAUUCGUCAGACAAUUCAUACUCUGAUCGAAACUUCAAGAUCAGAUCCUAGUCGUUCACAGCCUAUGACGGUGAUUAUUAUCACGCAUCAUAAGUCUAUGAUGGAAAUUGCGGAGAAAGUCGUCGUGUUGGAUGAGGGGAGGAUAGUAGAGACUGGGACUUUUGCGGAAUUGAGUCGACGGGAAGGAGGCGCGUUGAAGAAUUUAUUGAGUGGAGGGGAGUGGAUGGGAGAAGUUAAUAGUAGCAAACGUGUGAGUAAACGCGUGAGUAGGGCGGCGAAGAGGAAGUCGGGAUUGCCGGUUUUGAAGGAUGUAGAUUGGGGGAUGGAAAGCAAGGGGAAAGAGAGGGCGAAGAGAUAA